UAACAUUGGUUUUUGUUCCUUUUUAUGGAAAUUUGAUUGUUGUUUUUCUUUCCUAAGAAAAUAAUAAUAAUAAUAAACGAAUAUUUAUGAAAAUUGGGGAAUUGAAGAUCGCCGACCAUCGAUUCGGCGGCUAACCAAGUGAAAACGCCAGCAGCAGGUCAUAUAGGGGGAGAAAGAGGAUCCGAGUAGUUAUUCUAUAUGAAGGCGCUUAUUCUCGUUGGAGGGUUCGGGACGCGGCUGAGGCCAUUGACCCUCAGCGCCCCCAAGCCACUGGUUGAAUUUGCCAACAAACCCAUGAUCCUGCAUCAGAUUGAAGCUCUCAAAGCUGUUGGAGUGACAGAAGUGGUGUUGGCUAUCAGUUACCAACCAGAGGUUAUGCUUAAUUUUUUGAAAGAGUUUGAGAAAAAGCUUGAAAUCAAGAUCACCUGCUCACAGGAGACAGAACCACUGGGUACAGCAGGUCCCUUAGCUUUAGCUAGGGAUAAAUUGAUAGAUGGCUCUGGUGAGGCCUUCUUUGUCCUUAAUAGUGAUGUAAUUAGUGAGUACCCGCUAAAGGAUAUGAUUGAAUUUCAUAAAAGCCAUGGAGGGGAAGCUUCCAUUAUCGUGACAAAGGUUGAUGAGCCAUCGAAAUAUGGAGUUGUUGUUAUGGAUGAAACUACAGGGAAAGUUCAAAAUUUUGUAGAAAAGCCAAAGAUAUUUGUUGGAAACAAGAUCAAUGCUGGGAUUUACUUGUUGAACCCAUCUGUUCUUGAUCGGAUUGAACUGAAGCCAACCUCAAUCGAGAAAGAGGUUUUCCCUAAAAUUGCUGCUGAGAAAAAGUUGUAUGCUAUGGUACUGCCUGGGUUUUGGAUGGACAUUGGACAGCCCAAGGACUAUAUAACGGGUCUGAGACUAUAUCUUGAUUCCCUGCGAAAAAAAUCAUCGUCUAAGUUGGCCACUGGCUCAAACAUUAUUGGGAAUGUUCUAGUGGAUGAGACUGCCUUGAUUGGAGAUGAAUGUCUGAUUGGACCGGAUGUAGCUGUUGGUCCAGGAUGUGUAAUCGAGUCAGGGGUUAGGCUCUCGCAUUGUACUGUAAUGCGUGGCGUUCGUAUAAAGAAGCAUGCUUGCAUCUCUUAUAGCAUCCUAGGAUGGCAUUCCAGUGUCGGAAGAUGGGCUCGGAUAGAGAAUAUGACAAUCUUAGGAGAAGAUGUUCAUGUAGGUGAUGAAGUUUAUAGCAAUGGGGGUGUUAUCCUGCCUCACAAGGAGAUUAAAUCAAGCAUUUUGAAGCCAGAGAUUGUCAUGUAACGAUCGUUUUAGUAGCAUUUACAUUGCUUCAUGUUUCUAAAAUUUUAAUAUUUUACUUGUUUAUUAUGUUGCUCCCUGAUAAAACGAUGAUCCAGUUCAAUUCACUUUAGGUGAUGCUUGGUGCUUGAAUACAAGUUAAUUGUACUAAUUACUUGCAAGGAAAGUUAAAUCAUAGUUUCAUAUAUUUGGUA